UCGCGCCUGGAUCGUUGCGUCGUGAGUGUCUAGUGUUUUCUUAUUUAAAGGAAAUAUUUAAAUAAUGUCUUUUACAUUUUAAUACAUUUUUGAAUGAUAUUUAAAUUUUUCCAACAAAUUAUCUGCUCGAGUUAUUUUAGAUUGAAGCUUUUUAAUGUCAAAUAAAUCAAGCUGUUCAUUUUUGUAGUGUACUUCAGUGUGUUAAUCAGAUGUGUAUGCUUAUAAUGGUUGCAUAAUUAAAUUGCGUAAAUAGGAGAUUAAGUUGCUGUGAGUCGACCUUUCUCGCGUGUGCAUUGUGAAUCGCGUGCGACGAUCCAUCUGAUUUUUGCGGCGUGUCUUGCUUAAUAUAAAUCCUGGGAAAAUUUACCUAUGUAUGUAGACAUACAAUAUAUACAUCUUCCGCUUGAGUGCUACUUGUAAAGUAAUAACGUGCUCCGGUGAAUGUGUUUUAUAAGGCUGUUAUUAUUAUUUAUCAUUUCCAUUGGAAGUAUCUUGAAAGCUUUGAGCCGACAAUUGUAAUAGCCGGCACAUAGUGAAAGUUUCAUUUUCAUGACGGAAAUUAAUUUAUAUAUUGUUGAGUACAUGUGAUUCACACCACGUGGGUCGGAUUCAAUUAUAUCAGGUCUAGUUAUUUUUGUAAAGUUAAGCUGGAUAAUUUCAAGAUCGAUUGGAAGGGAAAUCGGUCGGACGAUCGAUAUAAUAAUAUCCUGGAAGAACUCGUGUUUAGUGAGCAUUCACCGGCACAUUGCCAUCAUCUGGGGACAUUGUGUAGUCCACUGAGGCAUUGCAGCAACAGCUACCCUUUGAGUCAAGGCCAUAGUCAUGAUCGAACACUGCCCUCACGUUGUACACCACCUAGGACUACUUACCCUCUAUCACAUGGCUGUGCUUUGCAUUCGAGGCUCGACCAGCCGGUGACCAGUUCAACAUCUGCCAUGGACGACAAAAAAGUUGUCCAGGCUGCACCAGCAGCAAACUCUGGCCAGCAAGCACGAGUUAAGAAUAGCUUGGAUGGUUCAGGAGUUGUUGCAUCGAUUUCAGGAGCAAGGAGACGAAGUGGACCCCAAGGUUUACGUUCACCAGCAGCUAAGAGGCCACUGUCAGCUCCGGUAGCACUGCAAGGAUGGCUACACAAACAAGGUUCAGAGGGGCUCAUGCUUUGGAAGAAACGAUGGUUCGUUUUGUCGGAGUAUUGUCUUUUCUAUUAUAAAGGUCCAGAAGAAGAAAAGCUACUGGGUUCCAUUUUACUACCUUCCUAUCGGAUAACUGUAUGUAAACCUGAGGAUAAGGUCAAUAAGAAGUUCGCUUUCAAAGCAGAACAUGCAAACAUGAGGACUUACCACUUUGCUGCUGACACUAGAGAGAGUAUGAAUCAGUGGGUAAAUGCUCUUACACUGGCGUCACUCUUACAGGAUCCCAAUCCAAUAAAAUUUUGCAGAAGCAGAGAAGAGCCUCCUGUAGCAUUGGAAAUCGCAGGACCAGCUGAUGAAGUUGGAAGUGCCAGGCCAAGUGUUUCUUCAAUAUCGUCUAUUCUUAAUCAAAGUGCAGAUGAUAGUGAUUCUGGAUUUCACGGACUACAAUCAAGAGACGAUCCAAGUCAAUCGAAUAAUAAUUCCAGUCCUAACAGCAUCAAUACUGCUUCAUUUCCCAAUCUCAGUGCUAGUAACAGCAAUCAUGGUAUUGCUAAUAGUAUAAACAAUAAUAAUAAUCAUCAUAGUCCAGAAAAAAUAGAAGACAAUCAGCCACGACCGAUGGUUAACGGUUGGAUGCAACCUCCUCCACAAUUUAAUCAACCAAGUACCUCAUCUCAACAAUAUGGACACAUGAUGCCAAAUUCUGCUCAAUUACAACUCCAACAGCAAGCACAAAUGCAUCCACAGCAUCAAGCGUUGAUGCAUCAACGAAUGGUUCGACAGCAGCAUCAAAAUGCUAUGCAACACCAACAUCAGCAUAUGGUUCAGCAGCAACAACAAAUGCAGCAGCAAAGUGCAAGCAAUGUUCAAACCGUCCAACCGAUGCCUAGAAAUUUUGGACAACACGUUUAUGCAAAUGCCCCACCAAAACCUAGAAGACUGACUGAUGGAUCAACAGAGUAUUCUACGCCUUCUCCAGAUCCAGACUUCCGUAAAUCUCCAGUUCAACCAAACGUCAGAAUGUCCACCAAGUCGCCUAUCCCUGAUUAUGAGAGAGUUAAUUCUCUCUAUGCAUCAAGAUUAGCAACGCAAUCAACGCCUCCUAUAAGAACAGAUAAAUCAGGGUUAAAUUAUGGUUACAGUCAAAGCCAGCCAUCUGAAAGGCGGACUCCUGAUGCAUAUGGAAGGAGUGCAAAGCCAAGAAAUUCACGAGGUAAUGGAGAUUAUGAAGAUAUUUAUUCAGGUCCUCAAUUGUAUCAAAGACCACCUGGACCAGUUGGUUACAGUAAGGGCUCAGCCCCUAUUCCUAUUUCUGUUCCUAUGUAUGUACAACAACAUCAAUCAAAUCAAAUUUUUACAUCUAUUGCAUCAAAUCCACCAGUUAUGAGACAGCAAAGAGUUCAACCACCUCCACGACCGCAUAGUGCAGACUUUCUUGAGUACGAGGCUACGAGAAAGCCAAGUCCACAACCUGUCAAUCAGAAUGGAGGUAUUCCAAGCCAACAAAGGCGACCACAAAGACCCAAGUCUAGUUUAGAUGUUGUUGGCCCUUCUGAAAUUACUUCUAAUGGCGACGGAUAUUAUUACUCGGAAGAGAGAUAUGCAGCUCAAAUGCGCCAAUCGGCGGUGUACCUCCAUCAGAACCCGCAACAUCAUCAACAGCAGAGAAAUCAAUCUCUUUCCCGAGCGACAACACCAUCAAAAUCAAGUUCUCGAGUUGAAGAUCAUAAUGAAUCGAUAACGCUUAAUGAAAUUUCAUGUUCAGCUGCACGGAGGUCACCGAGAGAAUCUCAAAUAUAUAGACAACAUCCCGUAGCAACUCAAUCUCUCCAGAGAUAUCCUGAAACAAAUGAUGCGAUGGUACGAAGGUCUUUGCGAGAGCGAAAUUAUGACCCUUCAUUCCACGAUUCUUUGAUCCACGGUGAAGGAGGAACAGUUCCACGGAGAAUACAACGUGACUAUGAAUCUUCUCCGUUGGUUAACGGUAGAUUAGUAGACCCUCUUGAGUCGCAUAUGUCGCAGAGCUACCAUUCUGGUCAUUCGGGAUCUCGACGUUGGAAUGACCAGCAAUUCUCUAGGUCAGCGUCGGCUCGAUUACCGAGAACACGACAUCCAAAUGCAUCAGAUGCAACAGAGAAUGAUUAUGAAAGAGGUUUAGGUCAACCCUCUCGAGAUGGAGAGCGAAGAAUUCAACAGAGGGAAGAAUCAAUGAAACGGCUGUUGGAGUGGAAGCAGCGUAUGCUGCAGUCACCUUUGACAAGAAAACCUUCGGGAUCUGCAAAUGGGAAUACAAGGGCUCAGAGUGAGCUGUCAAGUUACUACAAACGUCAAGUACUGUUGGAUCUUGCAGCUCAUGAAGCUUCAGUUGAGGCACGUCACUCACGAAGACGAGAAGACUCUCAUCGACCUCAUGUGAGAAGCAAAAGUUCUGACGGACGUCGAUCAGUUGCUAAUGUGUCGAGGUACAACAGCUACUCCAGUGACGACGAAGAGCCUGGCGAUGUCCGGAGGAAGCGAACGCGUAGACCCUCGCACGCAGGGCGGAGCCCCCGACAGACCGGCGACGAGAAUGCUGACACUAAUCCUGGAGAUCAAGACAGUGCCAAAGGAAGAUCUAAUUCAACUCUAUCAUCAGUUUCAUUUACUUCUGCUCUAUUUGGUGGAAUUCCGCCGGAUGCCGGAUAUGAAGAGGUCAGUUUUCCGCCCCUUCAGGACUGUACCACAGAAACAAUGAAAUCAAUUAAGGACAAUGAUCUCAUUGUUAAAAUACCGAAGAAGCCCGGAAUACUCAAGACUCCCUCGUCGUUUCCUAAUAGACAAAGCAAUAAAAACGAUGGAGCAAGACUGAAUACUCUCGCUGGAUAUAUUCCGGGAGAAACUUGGCAAACUACUAAAAAUGUUCAAUGGGAUUCAACGGAAGAUAAAGAAAAUUGGGACUCGAAAAUUGAUGAAAGUAAAGUUAUCAAAGAGUUUUCUUAUCAGUAUAUUAAAGCUGAAGAAGUUGAUGAAAAAAAUCAGAUUAAAGAAUCCGUAAAUCUAGUUCAAAAUAGAAUUAAAUCAUUUGAGUCGAGUAUUGAUGAAAAGGCAUCAGUUAAAGAAAUCAUAUCAAUGCAAGAUCCUUUGAAACUAUCACCUCCACAAGCUACUGAAGCUCAUGUAGCUAAAGUUGAAUUAUCACGACAAGGUAAUUUAAAUAUUCGUGAAUUCGCACUUGGUAAUGGUAAUCAUGGAAAUAUUAAUAAAGUUAAUGAAAUGAAAAAUGAAGAAAAACCAAAUGAUACAAGUAAAUCAGUCAAGGAUUUGCUUGCAGACUUUGAAAGAAAAUCUCAACAGGUUAGACAUCAAGAAAAUAGUCGACGUGAAGAAAUAAAACAUCGAGGAGUUUUUAGUGAUACAGAAACAUUGUUAUAUGAUACUGGAAGUGAUCUUGAUCAAUUGGAUAAAAGUGAAGAAGAAGUUGAUGAAAGAAAAAACGUAGAACAGAAACAACUUCAUGAGAAUAGUGUUGAAAAAAGUCUUUGUGAUAAAAAAGAAAUUAAAGGAGCUUUUAAAGAAACUUUUCAUUCUCAAGAAACAAUUGCUGGACUAAGUAUAGAUGAGACUCCUGAUGCUUUUGCACGAUUAAGCAUGACUGAAUCUAUGGUGACUCACGGAGAUGAAUUAUCGACAAAAGGAGAUGAUAGUCCCGAACCGAAAAUUGAAGAUAUUAAUCCAGAGGACCAUUAUCUUCCAAUGUCACCACGAAAAGCUAUUUUAGAUCCAAAUGAUGAUGACAGACCUGAUCCCAAAAUGAUGAAGAGUCUCUUUGCUAAUUUACGUCAUGAGGAAAGCUCUUAUGUUGAAAUGACGCAGAAUGGAAUUAGUCAUUCACUUUUAGCACCAAAUGAAAACGAUAAUAAACUCGAUUCUGGUGAUUAUUCUACCUUAGAUGCAUCACACUAUGAAUUUGUUUGUGUCGCUGAUAAUAAAAUGGAGCCUGUUUAUAUGGAAUUGAAUCAACUUGCUGAAAAAGAAGAAAAAGAAAGUGUUGAAAAGCCUGCGAAGAAAAAAGAUUCAAGUGAAAAUAAUCAACGACCAGCUCGUACAGAUCUUCCAGAUAUUCUUACAACAUUAAAAUCAGAUAGCUCUGAUGCUGAUGAUGAAUCUUCUAGAGAUUUAGAUUCUAUCGAUGCACCAAGACAUCCUCGAUUUAGUUUAUCUGAUACCUUCAGGCCUGCUUCGUAUUAUCUGGGAGCAAGUAGAACUCUUAUAGCAGAAUUACACGAUUCCUCCGACAGCGAAUUAGUUUCUCCACCUCCGAUACCAACUUCUCCGCCUCCAAUGGAUGAUUUAGAUUCCUUAGACAUGCAAGAGACUUUGGAGGUAAAAAAAUGCUCACCUCAAGUUCCAGUUAAUCGAGAUUCUACAAGAUCUUCUCCUAAAUCAUGGAAUAAAGCAACUGGCCAAGUUGAAACUCCACGACCACCUUCAAGAUUCUCAGAAGCUACAAUAAGUUCUACAUUUAGAGAUAGUCGUAUUUCGCUUGAAAGUGCAUCUGGAAGCGAUUCUUUAGAACUACGAAACCCCGAUGAAGAAGCUCGUCACAGGCGAAUGAAGAGACGACCAGUAAGCGAUGAAGUCUGCGAAGUUUUAGAUAGUCUUGAUGAAUUGGAAUCACUUGGAAGUCGAUUUGACGGUGCAAGUAUUGACCUUGAUCAAUAUCUUGAAGAACUUCAAGCACGAGAUGCCUUCAACUUAGUAGAUCUAUACGCUAAAGAUUUAAGUUACAAUAGGAUCUACGGACUUAACGAGAAUAUGUUGGUCACUGAUAAAAUCCAAAAGACAACGUCCCAAGAGAUGUCAAAGAUAAGUCUUAACCCUAGUACUUUAGACCAACCAUUUCACUACAAUUCUCGAACAAAAACAAGCUCAGUUUCUUCUUUACCAUCGAUAAGAGUCAGCGAUAAACCCAGUCCCAGUCAUCAACACUCACAAUCAUUUACGGGGGAUGCUCAUUACGAGAAUGUAGCAAGAUUCUCACCAGUUAGAAGCUCGCCAGCAGUUCGAUCGGAAGGUGAACUAAUGAAGGAAGACUUCAGGUGCCAAAAAAACCAAGCUCAGCCACAUAUAUCUCACACUAGAGACUCUAGUUAUCCCAUGACAACUCCUGGAGGAUCUAACGCAAUUUCUGCUAGUUAUCAGAGGCCUAAUAGUGCUUUAUCAAUGCCAAUGGCUUCUCAAGUGAAUUCAAUAAUUUCAGGAAGUCAUACAAACUCGUAUUGUCCACGUGGUCAAUCACCUUAUAACGAUCAAAGGACUCGUAAUCAUUCUAGAUCAGCUAGCCAAGAUUCUGCUAGGUAUUCUUUAUCACCUAAUCAUCAAUCAUCAUCAAGCCAAGACUCUAAUCAUAUUUCAUCGUCGUCUGUUGCUAAAACUACUACUCAAAAUACAAGAAAUUCUCCGAGAGCGUAUUUGAAUCAAAGUAAUAAUCAACAAAAUGAAGAAAAUGAUCAAUCGGGGGCACCAUAUUAUUAUUCAGAUCUACAAGUAGCUGUAAGUGGAGCUGAGAAGCCGCCAUCAAGACCAGCACAAACUUUAAUUGCUCAUACAUCUCGACUACCUCAAUUAAAUAACCAACGAGAUGAUUCUUCGGGAUUAAACAAAAGAAAUGAUAUUAGUAGACUUGUGAAUCCCAUUAACAGACAAAUGCCUCGGAGAAUUGAAGUAGAAGACAUUGAUGAAGCUAGAAGAAUUGCAGCAGAAUUAAGAAAGACAUCAAGUCAAUUUUUGGCCGACACUAAAUCAAGAUUAGUAGAUAAGAGAAAUUUUUAUGAAUCAGAUACUUUAAGACGAGUCAAAUCUACAGAUCCACUAUCUGAUGUACCUCUACCUGAUGUAAGUACAAUAAACUUGUAUCCUCAUGGACUCAGAGAUAAAUCCGGAAGUCAAACACAAUUAGCAACUGGUGAAUCUAUUCAAGAAGUAUCGCAAGCAAUAGUCCAGCCCUCUCACAGAAGAUCUAGGUCAUUAGAAGGACUUUUAGAUGAUGUUGGUUUACAAAAUCUAGUAGAACAACGUAACAGAGCUAACAGAGUGUCCUCAGUACCUCCUACAAACACCCAAGUAGAGAAUAAUAGCUCUCGACAAUCAACAUUCUCUCGAAUUAAUUCAGAGGAACCCUUUGAAGGUGAAGAAACGUGGGAGCAGGAUACUUUAUGGAGAGAGAGUCUUAGAAGAGUAAGUCUUCGCCAUGCCAGGUCUUUAGAUAAUUUAGACAGCCCAGGAAGAUCUGGUGAAGUUCCAAAUGAUACUAAAGCUCGUCCAAAAAUUACUCGAGGUGCUACUUACGUUAAUGAAGCUAUUCUGCAACGUUUAACUUCACCGGAAGACAGUCAAGAACGACCAAGAGUUAAAAGACGAGUAGAAGUAAACGAAAGUGAAGUAAAUCAAGAAGACGAUGGAGCUUAUGAAUCUCUUGCUAUGGAUAGAAGUGCUGGAGGGUACAUUUGGAAUCCAACUGAAAAUGAAUCAUUCAGACAAUCAAGUCAAACAAAUUCAAGUAAUUUUUUAGACCAAGGCAACCUUCCCCAGACUCAUCAGCAAACAGAAUCACGCUCAUUCGAGUUCGAUCGCGAGAAGUUACGUCAAUGGGAUCUUCUGUCGAGUGCUUGUUUACUCCAAGAACAACAACGCACUUCGAUGGCAGAGUCAGGGAGAGGGUUGCCAGAGCGUCGCAUCUUACAUGAUGGUCAAGAUGAUGUGUCAACAAUGAUAAUGAUGAUGGAGGAGGAGAGAAGGAUACGAAAAAUAAGGACAGAGUGUAGUGGUAACAAGGUUGAGAUGAUUGAUGGAGAAAAGUCAACUGAGGAGAAGGAGAAUGGCAGAGGUGAGUGGCACUUUGGGACUGGUGCUGGGUUCAGGAAGUAAACAUGACGUUCACCCAAGCCGGGUUCCAACAUAGUCCCUUGCCUCAGCCUUCUCACUGAUUUUGUAGAAAACUGCCAGGACAUUCGUCAACAUAACGAGACUUUAGUUUUUAAAUAUAUAACGGACCGAGUUCCAACUCGUUUUUUUUGGACAGUUUUUGUUUUAUUAUUUUUCAUUCACAGGAAAGUCUCGUUUUUACAGUACAUUUAACAGUUGAUCUUAACGGAUUCGAGUUGGAACGCGGCCUGGGUAAUUUGCCAGUCGAUGUGUCUCUAAAAUAGAUUUUCUAUACAUAAUACAUUAUAUACAUACAUAUAUAAUAAUUGCGAAUUUUUCAUGAACUGCAACUGACUUAUAAGCGUCAUGACCGUAUCAAAAAAUUGAACUAAAAACGAAUGCGAAGGCAAGUUGCCAGCUAAAGCGUUUAUAAAAGUUUUAAAAGCUGAAUAAUUUCAGCUUCAGAAAAUAGUUGACUGACAACGACUCCAGAUGUAUUUUUCUCUUUUAAUUUUUGUAUCUGAAUAUUACACUCAUUGUCUUGGAUACUUAGACUGAAGAGUGGACUGAAAUUUUGUUAAAAUUAAGCUUGGUCAGCGUUAAUUAAUUUUUUUUUUUUUGUACAUAAUAGUUGUUAUUAUAUUAUCAUUAGUCUGAUUUUAACUAGAUCAAUCUUAUGUUUUUUUUUUUACAAUGCAUAUUAUUUUUAAAAUAUUUUAUUAUUAUCAGUUACUCUAUUUUU